CUGGCCGUUUUCUCGCAAAUCACGGUGUUGCCAGAGGAGAUCGGACGGCUGGAAGGGCUCGAAACGCUCUCGCUCUGCGAUCUGCCCAAUCUGAAGUCGCGCCCUCGCUCGCUGUGCCAGCUGCAGCGGUUGAAAUAUCUGCAAGUGAACACCUGCGGCGCGCUGCAGUCACUGUUUGGGGAUGACGACCCGAGGGAUGCACACAUGGGAGCUGUUGGACAUGAACUUGCGGGAAGAAUUGCCUGCUUUGAGUUAGCCGGUCACACAGGCAGCAGCAGUGCUGCUGGCAGCUGUUGGGGAUCUGAGGAGAGUGACACGGCACUGGAGACGUUAGACCUUAUGGACUGCUCGCUGCUGGCUCAGUUACCCUCUGGCCUUCGGCAGAUGGGGAAGCUGCAGAAGCUGGAUGAGCAAAAGGAAGAGGAUGGGGGGAGGGAAUGUGGAGAGAAUGAAGGGGAGGAAGGAGAAGAGGGAGAGUGGGAGGAUGGAGAGGAGAGUGAAGGGGAGGGGAGCAAAGGGGAUGGGAGUGAACGAGAGGGGACUGCAGAACGUGGGAGGUGGAGUGAGAUGGAGAUGAGGAGGACGAGGUCCGAGGAAGUCAAUUUGAUGAACAAGGAUGAUUCAGAGGAGGAAAGAGCAGCCAACUUUACCGGCUCCACUGGUGACGCGUCUGGUGGUGCUGAUUUGGCAACUCUCUUUGCCACGCUAUAA